UAACACCGCCACGGGGCACCGGCGUCGUUCGCGGUUCCUUGGCGGCUUGAAAGCCUAUUUUGGUUUCCGCCCCUUUUUCUCUUGCUCUUUCUAAUCCUUCCCCCUCUGCAAUUACGGCCAGGAACCCUUUUGAAAUUUCUUCUAAGUUGAAGCGUAGGACCAAUUUCGUCAACACAAUCCGGAAUGGUCAACAUGGCGGCCGCCGUAAGGUGCCUUGGUAGAGGUACCCUCCCCCUCACUCUGUGUGCUCUAGCCACACUGCCUUCCUUGUUCCCUAAUCAACACCAAGAACAUUUCUGCCUUGGGAAGACUUUUUCUCCCAGUUGGGUCUUGAUACAUCAUCAAAAGCAUAGUCUUUCCAAGAUGGCUUAUCAGACACCUCUUUAUCCUUGUUCUGUAUAUGUUCAGGUGCCCAGCAGACAUUUUGCUGCUGCUACAAAGCCUGCAAAGAAAACAAAAAAAGGUGUGAAAGACAAAGCAUCAGAUGAGAAAAAAGAUGAGAUAGAAAAAAUAAAGUCAUACUCCUUUAUGGAAGGCGAACCUGAGGAUGAUGUCUACUUAAAGCAUUUAUACCCAAGACGGAUAUAUGAGGUGGAGAAAGCUAUUCAGUUACUUAAGAAAUUUCAAACUCUAGACUUUACUAAUCCAAAGCAAGGUGUUUAUCUUGAUUUGACACUGGAUAUGGCACUGGGGAAAAAGAAAAAAGUGGAGCCAUUUGCCAGUGUUCUUCGUUUUCCAUACCCAUUCGUUUCAGAAACCAAUAAAGUUGCUGUAUUUACAGGGAAUGCAUCAGAGAUUAAAAUAGCAGAAGAAAAUGGAGCUGCAUUUGCAGGAGGACUUAAUCUAAUUCAGAAGAUUUUGGAUGAUGAAAUUCAAUCAGACUUUUAUGUAGCUGUUCCAGAAAUAAUGCCCGAGCUUAAUCAAUUAAAGAAAAAGCUGAAAAAAAGAUUUCCAAAACUAACUCGAAAUUCCAUUGGCCGUGACAUCCCCAAAAUGCUUGAAUUAUUUAAAACUGGACAUGAAAUUAAGGUAGAUGAAGAAAGGGAGAACUUUCUCCAGACCAAAAUAGCAACACUGGAUAUGCUAAGUAACCAGAUAGCUGCGAAUCUGCAAGCAGUCAUCAGUGAAGUUUGUAAGCACAGACCACUCAGUUUGGGACCUUUUGUGGUACGAGCUUUCCUUCGUACUUCAACAAGUGAAGGUUUGUUACUAAAGAUCAAGCCAUUGUUGCCUAAAGAAGUAGAAACCGAAGAGGGUAACAAAGAAGAUGCCUAACAAUGUUAUAUUUUGAAAUUAUUUUCAGUGGAUUAAGAAGCAACAAAGAAAAUUAUAAAACUGUAUAUAAUUU